GUUCACCCUUAGCUGUUAGCAAUUAGCUUGAACAUGGCUUCGUUUAUUAUCAAACCUGCACACCUUCGCUGUGUUGCAAGGACGGGCAGGCUCUUAAGCGAGCAUCGGACGAGGAAGGCGUUGUGUUCAGACAGAAGUUAUGCCACAGAAGGAGACAACAGGGUACCCAAAAUAUACACCAAAACUGGAGACAAAGGUUUCUCAAGCACAUUUACAGGAGAAAGGAGACCAAAGGAAGAUCAUAUUUUUGAAGCCUUAGGAAAUACAGAUGAGCUUUCGUCAGCUAUUGGCUUGGCCAGAGAAUUUUGCCUCGACAAAGGUCACACGUUCACAUAUCAGCUGGACAAGAUACAGUGCAUUUUACAAGAUGUGGGCUCCAAUAUUGCCACCCCUCGAUCAUCUGCAAGAGAAAGUCACAUAAAGAGAACAAAAUUUACUGCUCAGCCCAUUACAGACCUGGAAGCCUGGAUUGAUAACUUUACACAAGAACUCCCUCCACUGACCACCUUCAUUUUACCUUCUGGAGGGAAGAGCAGUGCAGCUUUGCACCUAGCUCGGACAGUCUGUCGGAGAGCAGAGCGGAGUGUUGCCCCAAUUGUGCGCUCAGGGGAGGCAGAUCCAGAUGUUGCCAAGUUUUUGAACAGAUUGAGCGACUACCUGUUCACUGUGGCCAGAUAUGCAGCCAUGAAAGAAGGCAACGAGGAGAAAAUCUACAAAAGACCCGAAUGACCAGAUUGUCACAUGAGGAUUAAGACAAAGUUUGUUUUUGGGAUGGCUGAUGCAGAUACUUGAUUUAUAUUGUAAAUAUAUUAAUAAAUAUGACUUAAGU